AACGAAGUCAAGCACUCGCAGCUACCCGUUCAAAAGAAAGUGAUAAAUCGAAAACUACAAAUGUGAAAACUACAAGCGUUAAAACACUCGAUAAUUCUGUAAAAACUACAAGCGUGAAAACCACAAACGUUAAAAUACUCGAUAAUUCUGUAGAAUCACUAAAGCAACAGGCUUUGGAUGAAAUUUUAAAAAGCCCAAAAACUGACAGUGAUAUUGAGCAACCGGAAUCAACACUUGUAUUGCAAGUAGAGAAAAACAAAAAUCUCAAAUCUAAAAAAGAAAAUGGGUCAGACUUGGAAGCAUUUCGGCGUGAAGUAGCAAGUUUACCAGAUGAA